UGCAAUAAUAUUAAUUUGCUAGAAUUCUAUUUUAAAGGAAAAAAAUCUAAUUUUUCAAGCCGUGCACGUACGCUCUCCUAUUCGUAUGCAGUUCUCGCGCUAACGUCCCAGAAACGUUUCUGAUUCCACCAAGAUUCUUCGCCGCGUUUCCAGAUAAUGGCGUACGUGCUAAUCGUUUUAUCUCGCGUGGGCGAUUCACGACAAGGGCGGGAAAAUGAGAUAUGGAGGCUUCUUCUGGUGGAAGGGGGAUUUUUUCGGCGGGGUGCCUUUUUAUUGAGCUACGAGAAGCUACAGGUCGAUCGAUGAAAUUUAUUUCAACGCUUUGGCUGUCACGGGUCAUAAAUUCGAUCGCUAGAUUUUCAGAGAAAGUGAAAUUGUACCAGGGGAGCCAUAUAUGGAGCUCAACUGCUUACUGCUACUGGAUUUCGCUUCUAGAUUCUCGAUUCUCACACAUUCGCACGCGAAGGCAAACCGCCGCGAAAUAUAAGGCAAACGAAAUUCCGCACAUGAAGAAAAUAGAGCCCGAUUGGAACUCUUUUAAACCGAAUGGAUGGCGACGAGUAAUCUGCAAAAGAAAUUCGUCCCGAGGACGUUUUAACAAAGACGAGGCCACCCCGAGGGCCUUCUUCGACGCCGGCCGACCUAAUCAAACUAGCGAACAGAGCGCCUUACUGCUCGUGUCGGAACGACUGUCACAGUUCGUUCUCGUUCUUCAAGAAAGGAGAGUAAAUGAAGAAAAGUAGAGCGAGAUUUCUGAUUCCUCGCACGAUCGUUACUUCUAACGCGAUUGUUACUCUGGCGUCAUUUUUUACUUUUAAUUUGCAAUUUGAGGUUUAUCUAAUCUUGGUUAUUAAUAUUAAGAGUGCGUUAUAGCAUGUUACGACGUUGUUAAAAUGUAGAAUUUUAUCUUCGUCUGGUACAGCAAGUAUCACAAUCUAUCUUUAUAGCGUAACCCGUAAACUGUGCUGUUGCAGUAAGUAAUAAAAUGAUUUAUACUUCGAUAAGCCUGGUUUAACACAGGGCCCAGAUGCCUCCGCAAAGUCGGCUUUUCCUCUGCGAAACCUGUGUAACGGACAAUUUCACAUAGAUAAUUAUAUGCGAUAGUACGUUAAAAUUAAUGCUGGUAAUUUGCGGUUUUCCGACACACAGUUUACUAUUUCGGGAGUAAUUAAAGACCAAUCAUUUCAAUUUGAAACAUCAACUCACUCACUAAUAGCAGGACAGUGAGUACGUUACAUAUUGAUAAUUAAAUUGCGAGUUAAAGUUUAACUACACUAGAAAAUUUAUUUGAAAUUAAAUUAAUAUUAUUAAUUGUACACAUGAUUCUCUUUGCAUUAUUGAAAUGUAAUACUUGAAAAGUCUCACAGUACUCGAGAACUUUUUAUACCGUAAAAGCUAUUGAUUCUUGGAUAUUUUAAGAGCUGCCAUCCAUUUUAGUUCGGCUUUGAAUAUUUCUAAUCCGGCGAGAAAAGAAGACUGCGCAAUUUAUGGAGCGUACGAUAUACCCCGUCAGAUUAAUUAGCACACAAACCUACAUUUCAAAGUUCGCUGAAACUGGCGCGUGUUCGCGUGCAGAAGAAAAAGCGCGUGCGAGGUAUGGUAGUAAGGACUUUAAAGGAUAAACAUCUCGGUUCGUUGGCACCCUUAGAGUCCAGCUCUCCAGCUGGGAGAAGGGAGAGAAGAGUCGUUCGUCGACGGUGACGACGGCGCCGACGUCGGAUGGCCGGUGCUGGUGGUGGUAGUGGCGUCAGGAAGGGGUAGGGCUGAACGCAUCCCUGCCAGAUCGGCUACCUGCCUGCCGCCAACCCUGUCCGUUCCGCGACGCUACCCCAGUACUCGGGCGAUCGCUAGCACCCGCGCACGCGACAUCCCUCCGUCGGGGGUGCGCGUCACCGUGUGUCUGCAUGUAUGUGUGUGUGUGCGUGCGUGCUCGCUGAGGGUGCUGCCGAUCGCAGUGGCAGCCACCAACGUGGUGCAGCCAGCAGCAUGACGUAGCCCACCCCGCGUGGCACGCUAAUAGCUCGAUCAGCCCUCGCGCCCUGUGCCGCGCGAGGGUGCACAGGGUGCCUAGAAACGUCACGACCUCUCGCACUAGGCGUACGAGAGAAGAGAGAGAAAGAGAGAGCUAGGCUGUGGACCUCUGGUCAGCAUCCGCGAGAUAGGAGUAAUGUAGCGUCGCCAGUAAAUGUGUACGGAAAAAUCGCGAAUAAUCGUUCCGAUUAGCCAGAUAUCUCGGUAAACCGCGCCACAAACACGAUUUUUUACGUUUGCGAAACACGCGAUAACAUCUACGAGGGUUGUGUCGCCAAACGACACUCAAGUGCGUGUGUCUGGGUGAUUUAAAGGGUUCGAAGGACUUCAAGUUUUUUGAAGAGAGCUGAGAGCAGCCUGGGGCGUCGCAGCUGAUCGUGGAAAAUCGAUGGACGAUUGAAGAAGAUUAGCUUUCGCCGCGUUAAAACUGUAUAUCCAUUGGAAGGAUACGACCAGCGGUGUAUCUCGUUAACGGACACCGAGAUCUCGCAAUCUGAAAGACUGAGAAACGUGAAGCAACAUCGGCAAGCGGCAUCGGGGUUUUCGGGCUGUUCUCGACAUCCGCGCGUGUAUAUCUGCCGCGAACAGUGAGUCCGAUUAAUCGUCCCUGAUCGUCCCCCAUAAAGCAGACACUUGUGGAAGCAGAUAUACUCGCGUAUGAUGGAAACGCGAGCGCCGGCGGAGCCGCUGGAAGAAAUUUACGGCAACCGCGGGGAAUCAUCCGCCUCGUCGAGCACGGCGAAUCAUCUGAUAUUUGCCAUCAGAUAAUGCAUAGCCGUCGCCGAUAAUGGAGCGCGAAUCCGGCUGAGAAUCGCCACGCGAAGCUGACCGUUGCAGCCGAGAACGGUUCGCCGAACAUCGAUUGGCUCCGGGCAACCGAACGAAUCCAGAAUCCAGACUUCUAGACUCCUUCCUGACCCGACGAUCGAGGCGAUCGAGCUAAUAUCGGACGCGUGCAAUUACAUCUGCGGGGAAUCCUCUCGACCGCCGUGAUUUUCGAUCCGCGGCGACGGAGAAGCGCGAGAAAUUGGAAUGCACGUAAAAUUGAUCAAUGUUUCAUCUUUCUUGCCAAUCGCGUCGGUAGAGCAACAAGCAAACAAAAUUGAGUCAGAUACCGCCGGCAGGAUGCUUGCGCAAGUAUCGGGAUAUUUACACAAAUUGCGCGCAUCAUUUGGCACGCGAGAGAAAUAGAAACGGGCGUCUCUCUUUCUGCUUCCCGCUCGUUUCCGACUCGGUGAAGAAGGGAAUAGCAGUCCCGAAGAAAGAUCUUUCCCUCGCCCGGCGGCCGUCGGUGGAAAGAAGCAAGAAGCGCUUGGCUGCUAAUGCGGACUUAUUGGAACAACGGUGAUUACCAGCUUUUAUGCGGCUUGUAGCUGUUAUCGUUACCGGGGAAGAAGAUCGUUAACAGCGUCCGGAAAUCCUGCGGAAGAUUAAUGAACGGUGCGCGGUCGGCGGAAUAGCAUCGCGGCGGCGAUAGGGGGGAUCCUAACUUAACCGAUAAGGAAUCGCGGCCGAGAAAGAACAACGUCGCGGGCUUCCUCGCGUUUUCUUUCUCUCUCUCCCUAUCUCCGGUGUCGAAGCGAUCGGUGACAAAGGCUUGAUGUUGUCGCGCUUCCUGCAGGAGCUAUCAUCAGCGGACAACAGGAGUGCCGUCGCGGCGAAACGGAAGGAGGAGGGUUUGUGAUCGUUUCGGCAGCGGGCCGAUCGUUCCCGCGCCACCACAACCGAUCGCGGUAGCGCGGCGGCGAUCGCCACGAUCGCCGUCGAUGAGGGGGGUGGUGAUGUGACAGCGGUGGCAGCGAAGGCAGCAGCAGGCGAAGAGAUGACGGUGACGGUGACGCCGUCGACUUCCGACGUCGCCGACAAGGCGGUGUCGACGGACGACGGCGGCAGCGGCGGCAUGGAAGUGGCGCGUCUCGAGGCCGUUCUCGCCGCCCUGGUGGAGACGAAGGUGGAGGCGAUGAAGGCGUCGUCGACGCUCAGCCGACGUUCCGGCAGCGCGCCCGCCAGUCCACGCCGACCUAGAUUGACCUCGACCUCGACGGCCUCCUCCUCAUUGAACCAUCACCAUCAUCAUCACCACCAUCACCAUCAUCAUUCGCAACAGCAGCAGCAGCACAACAAGAAGAAGGGUCAGCAUCAUCAUCAUCAGCAGCAGCACCAUCGCCAUCGUCGCAGACGUCACGAUUCCGCGCCCUGCGGAAGUGAUUACCUCAACAACGUGACGGAUCAUCCUCAGCACAAGUUGUCUAACGGAAGGGGCCGGAGAAGGGCCUCUGAAAGUCCUCGAAGCCCUCGAAAGAAGCGCAGGCAUUCGAGGAGCCCAAAUAUUCUCCAAGGCGUCGUCCAAGACGUUCACGCCGGCCUCGAUUCGCGCUUCGAGCUGCUCGGCAUUGAUGGCGAUCAAGACGUGGCGCUAAUAAAUUUCGAAAGGGCUAAAGAAGUCCUCGGCGACUCCUGCGAAUAUCCGCGGCUGCACCGAAGUGCCUGCUACUUUUCUCAAAGCGCAGCUCAAUUAAAAAUUCAUUACGACGACGACGACUACGUGGCGUUGAACGUAGCCGACGAGCUGGAAGAGGAGGAGACUCUAAGCGGACCGGAGAAGGUGGAGUCUCAGGGAAGGUAUCACCGACCACGAAGAAAGCGCAAACGUAAACGACGCAAAAUCGAUCCCGUCGGUCCGGACGAGGAACUCGUCGAUCCGGAGGAACUCCCGCCUCGUGCACGAUGGACGAUCGUCGCGACCGCUUGUCUUCUGCUCGCCAUGUCGUUGCUUCUGGUCGGUGUUACGCUGCGAAUGGCGCCUAUAAUUGACGACAUGGUACGAAAGGAGAACGAGGAGCUGCUGAACUCGCUGAACAGAGAUAUUUCCGUGCCCGAGAACGUUACGGCGCCUCCCUAAGACGAGGUGAAUUCUUCCGGACGGAAAUGCACCGCUCGUCCGUCGAUCUCGAUUUGCUUCAGCCACGCGACACGAGAAGUCUCAAGCGAGAAGCACGAUGACAAAUUUCACGAUGGCGGACAACGUCGUUUAGGAAUCAACAUCUCCACUGCGUUUCGUUUUACGAAGACGUCCGGGCGAUUCAGGGGAGAAAUUCCGAGACGACGCGAUGGUGAGAAAAAUCGAGUAGGUCUCGGAUCGGCAGCACGCUCCGAUUAGAUGUAAUUUUAAUGCAUUUUAACGCGAAAGAGACGCGUCCCUGUAUACGACGUACAUGUAUGUCGCGGAAACGUUAUUUGCGACGAGCUCGCGAAAAGUCCGAUCGCGACAUUCGAUAUACCAUGUUGCGUCGUCGAUUGUAUUGUUGCCGCGUUUCGAGAACGUCGCGUUGGUAUAUAUAUAUCUCGUAUCGAUGCAGAUUAGGUGCUUUCAAUUCCAGCAAGCUUCGCCAAUAAGGGCUCACUUCGAUUAGAAACACAAAAUCCAGAAUACAAUCUGAAUUAUUCGUGAAGCUCGGUUAAAUUGAAGCUUAACAGUAACGUAAACUUAAUAGUAAAAUUUUUAUUUGAUUGAAUAAAUACGCUUCACAUCGAAUUUGGGGCGAUUUCUAACGUGAUCAUUUAUCUUUCAUUAAUCAAUUCAGCAAUUGUCUAUGGUAUACGUGACCUUUCGUGAUAAAUGCGAUUAAGAGCGCCUGAUCUGCAUGGAAGUGAGCUGUAAUUUUUCAGGAGCGCGAUUACGAUCUUUGACGAGAGCUCGCGCAGUUUUGUUGCGAAAUUUAUUCCGACGAUAGGUCGCACACCGAAUGUGAACAACGAAGGAACGAUUUAGAAGUCACGCGAGAGGAUGCGGUGCCAUAGACGUGGCAUUUAGCCGUCCGUCUGUCGGCGAAGAAAUCGGCCGGUGACACGAGACCUCUCGUCUAUUUCCUUCCUCGAAUACGAAAGGAUGUACAUACGUGGCCCGAAUUAGAUAUACGCGUGAGAAUUGAUCUGCGCGUGAGUAUCAAACACGCGCUUCGUGAAUUUUACGCGGACCCGCGAGAAAUCGUAUCGUUCAGACAAAGGACAUAGGAUGUAGAUUCCUCGGUGCUUUUUUUACAUGUCUUCCAGGACGAGAAAGGACACGAGCUCAACGAAACGGGGGCUCUCGGGCCGCCGAUUCCUCGCGCUGACGACGGCCUUUGGACGUUUUCGUGCGUGUAGAAAGCUGUACAUAAGAAUGUUCGUUAUUAACAGUCGUUUGUAGUUACGCGCACCGGGAAGAUAAUCGAGAUAAGGGCCAAAAUUGUUGUUGUCAAUUGUAAAAUAACGUGUCAUAAAAAGUGCUCAGAUUCGCGCGAUAUAGGUAGAAGAGAGGGUGAAGAAACGGAGCACUAUUGGCAAUCGAUUAAUAAAAUGUACGUACCUGCGUGUACGCGCGUGUGUACGUACACCUGUACAUUACUGUACGAGUAAGGAUGCAAUUCACGCUUUGCACGAAACAGCCCAAGUAUUUUCAUUCUCUUCACUCCGCUAUAAUUUCCCAGUUCGCUUUGUGACUAAUUGCUUAAAGUUUUAUCGGAUAUUUUUCGCUAUGACGACGGCGAUUCAGCAGAAACUUUUUUCCGAUACAUUUAUUCCGUAAUCCCUUUCUAUACGAGCAUGGAAAAUACAUAUUUGCCGAGCAUAAUUCGAUCCUAUAAAUCUUAUAUUUCGCAACUAAGCAAUAUCUGUAAUUUAUUAUAGCGAAAUACGCGAAAUGUAUAUAUAUUCUGCGUGGUCAUAAAUUUAUUAAAUUUUGUACAGGAAACCAUCUAUUAUUUUUAUAUAUACGUCAUCGCUACUCGCAGUGAAAACAUUCUGAAUUUUUAUCAUUGAGUUUUAUCGUUCCGUUUGUUCUGCUCGCGAUUGGAAUUAUUUUAAUUUGAAACGUCAGGUCGAAUCUGAUGUCGCUGAAACGGAUGACGUCUCUUGUGACAGGAUCAGCGAUAUAUCGAUAAAAUAAAAUAUAACUUUCCAUAUAUAUGGAUACCGUUUAUGUACCGAUAGAUGCAAUCAGGUUUAUGCUGAAAAAUAACCGUCAUAUUUGGCAACAAAAGUUCUCUGUGACACAACAGAGUCCAAUAUUGCUAAGGUUGGGAGAAAUUUAUAGGAAUUUCGUGGAAAUCUCUCUCGUUCACGAAAGCCUUUCUCGCGUUGAAUGCCAGCUAAAUUGAAUCGUUCAGAUUGAUAUAUGAACAUUACUUUUUUUAGAACUACGACAUUUAUUAUAUUGUUUCUCUUUUUAGAACGCGAAGCGUAUUAAGAUGUAAACACAAUUUUCGCUAUAUGCCAUUUUUAUUUGUCUUUCUACGAAUGUGAUAUUUCUCGUGAACUAAUUUCAAUUAAAACGUAUCGUUUUUCGAGGAGCUCGGCCACAGUUUCGAAUUUCUGCGAGUUUGCUAGUGAUUAUAACGCUACGGUUAACGCGAGAUGACUUUUUCUAUUUGACAAUGAGAUAAUGUACGAUAACGUCUAUAAAUACUGGAGUUUACACGCGCAUAUAUGUAUAAUUAGUCCCUAAUGCCGUUUCCGCGAUGUAAAAUUAACGCGGUGCGGAAUAUCGAGCGAUUAAAAAAAAAAGAAAAUAUCGCAGGCGAAUUUUAGAAUUUUCAUGAUUAUACUUGUUACCAGGCUCACACGUAUACGUCGUAUAAGAUACGCAUAUAUCUUCGAAAUAUUACGAUCGCGCGAUAUAGAUCGAUCGCAAUGAGGAGCGGCAAGAAGAAUUUUCUUCAUCUUUCGCGACCAAUCUCUUCUACUCGUCAAUUUUUCUGUCCUGUGUGCCGAAUUAAUGCGUCUCUGCGCUGCUCCGUUUCGCUGUCUAUUCCUAAAGGUAACCGUCCUUGAAAAAUUAUGUUUCACUGCGAAAACCAUUGUAUUAUACUUCGCCGAUCGCGUGUGAUAUCCUUUGCUCUAUUUAACGACGGGGCCGAUGCAGGUUCGAUCGAUCGCACACAUCAAAUGACUGUGUCAUCGUGGAAGGGAGAUCAGUUUGACAAGCACGUUCGCGUCGCACAAUCAAUCGGCAAACGUAGUCGCCGAUCUUUCGCGAUAUCGCGUAAGUUAGAAAUUAUCGAUAAUCGGUUUGUCGGGCUUUUUUUUUCCUAGAUAAAAUCGGCGCUCGGAGAUCGUUACGUUCGAAUAUGGCGCAGCCGAUCUCGCUGAUAAGCUUGUCAAGGUAGUCUUAAAGCAGCUCACGGCCGUAGAUCUCUCGCCGGAAAUACCUCGGCCAUAUAGUUCUCGAUCGCCGAUCGACUCGGCGAUUCGGAGAAACACAAUAAGUCGCUACAUGCGUGCGCGCGGUUGCGUAAAAAUCUUUUCUAUAAAGAUAUUUCCCUUUUUUACCUAUAAUUAGCAAUUUCUAGGGCCACUUGAUAGACGUUAUAUAGCGGAUCUUUUUUCCACUUGUAAGCCUGUCCUCUCGCGACGAGCCUUCACUCCCGUCUUCUUUUUUGCAUUACGCUUGGAGAUCACUUGGCCUAACGCGAGAGAUCCAUUUAAUAAACCGAGCUAAUAAAUAGCUUAGUACACGCGCGCUCGUGGCUUUUACCCGGGUAGUCUCGAAGAGAUCCCACGAGGGCGAAUUCGACGGGGGUACGCUCAUAUAGUGGACGUUAGGAAUCUCGAGGACAAGCCGAGAGAAACAAAAGAGAGAGAGAGAGAAUUAUUUGCGCUGGUCGCUGGUUUUUAUUUCCUACGACACUAUGAUACCACCGAGGAUACGAUACAAUCGCGCCGACUUUGGCAUUUGCGUGACGAUUAACGACGAACGCUCCCUUAUUGUCGAGGUCGCACCGUUGAUUAAAAUUUAAGCCCCCCUCCGAGAUACACGAGAUGCGUGUGCCAAACCUGUGCGUGUGUACAGUACACGCACUCCAGUUCUCUUUGACAAUCAUAGUGCCGAUGUGAGUACGAUACGCGAUUGUGUGUGCGUUUUUACGAGAGAGAGAGAGAAAGAGAAGGAGAGGGCAUUUUCUGCGUCGCGCAGCGCGGCGUGGCGCGUGGCUCGUUACACGAGCGACAAGCCCCACUUCAGUCAGGGAGAAAACGGAUUGUUCUCCGAUCGCUCGGGAUUGCCGAGCAGAAAUGACUCUCAUGCUUCUCGUUGCUUCUUACUUUGUAGCUUCGUUAUUGCGCCGGCAGCUACGCGCAUCCGUCGGCGGAAAAAAUGUGUUCGCAAUAAAAAAAGAAGAUGAGGCACCGAUAAAACGUACAAAAUUUUAACUUCAUCUACAGUUCCGAGUACCACCAGGUACCGCAAACAAGAGAUUCGCGAUUGUAAGAGAGGCACACAGCUCAAUAUUAUCGAAUUUCUCGAGAGAGAUUUCAAAAAUCUAAUUACAUUGAAUAAAUAUUUUCUGAAUGUUUCCAUGUAACAUUCGCGUAGAUGAUAAUGCCUAAAUUUAAAAAUGCGAAAAGCAUUCGUGUAAUUAUUUUUCGUGCAGUAAGAAGGAAAACUUAUAUCUUUAGGCUUAACUUUUUAUCCUUCUAUUACGUCAAAACCUUUCAGUUAUUAAAUAUAUACUGGAAAUGCACCUGGUAGAUUUGAAAACGAUUAUUUUUCUUGUUCAUUUUUAUGACGUGAGAUUAAACUCUGUAAAACAAUGCAUAUUAAAUAAGAAACCGAUUUUGCAGUCUGGAUACAACUAUAAAAUAUGCCACGCAAAUAAAUCUGCGGUUGUUUCUUUCUUUUUUUUUCGGUAAAAUUGGGCGACGUGCGUAACGUUAAAUAAUAAGCGGGAUAAAAAGCUGUGUGCAAGGUUUCAUCUUGUCGCUCUCGUACGCGAGGCACGCGUGUUUUAUUCAAGGAAAAAAAAAGAGUCACGCGAGUGGUGUAUUCCGGGCACGCUGACGAGAUUUUACGCGAGGGAUUGUAGUAGUAAUAUAAUAAUCUCGACCACGAGGUGUGUAUCAUAGCGAAGCGUUGUGAGAUGUUACAAUGAAUGAGAUAUUAUAAAAAGAAGUUUAUGUUUCUAUAUUGUAAUAACGUUUAUGUAUAACGAGAUUAUUAUAAUGCAAAAAUAUACAUACUAGUUGUCCGGUU